AUGUCUUUAGAAAUAGAAAUGGAUCCCCUGUUAGAAGAGAAAAAGACUUCGAAAGUCUCUUCUAAUAGUAAAAACUCAUCCGAAAAAACUCCAUUGCUUCCGAUUUCUUCAAAACAUUCACAUACAUCCUCGAAUCCUCGAGCUUAUUCUUCCUUUUCCGAAUAUCUUCCAGAUUCCUUUCCAUCCUGGAUUCCUUAUUCCGUGAUAUCUGCAAUUUCACAUUUUUCCUCAAAGAUCUC